CCCGAGCAGAAAAGGUUGGUGGAGACAAGGAUGCACUGAUCUCCUGUUUGGAGCAACAACAGAAGGGAGGAGUGAAGCAGGACCAGUGAGAGCUGCACAGCCAAGCCUCAUCUGAGGGCUCUAUCACCAUGGAAGAUCAGCCCGAGUUGGUGGGUGCCACUGAGGAGGCUCAGCAUAAGGGUCAGCAGGCCUCAGACACCACCCAUGACAAGAGGAAGCAGAAGGAGCUGGAGAUGCAGCAGACCAAAGCCAAGGCAGAGAAGGACUUGAUACUAAGAUACUCAACACCCUACAAGUAUCCCUUUAUUGGCGAACACGUAUCCCCAGUAAUGAAGUUAGGCUAUGAAGCUUGGAGAUCAAUGACAAUAUCAGACAUGCAACGGAGAGAAAGAAGAAAGAACCUUUACCACAGUGAGUUGUGGAAAACAAAGGAUUUCCUCCAAAAUUUCACAAAGCUACUACUUCUGAAAAAAUCUUAUCCAAGAAGGUGGGAGACCUUGGUCAGAAAAAGCUGGCAUAAAAGUAAAGGAGAAAAGACAGAACAUCUGAUUGAGAUCCAAGACUUAUUUCACCCAACUCCAGAUACCAAGGAAAAGCCUCAGUUAGUCAUAUUAGAGGGAGCUGCUGGGAUUGGGAAGUCCACGCUGGCCAGGUGGGUGAGGAGAGCCUGGGAGGAAGGCCAGCUCUACAGAGAUCACUUCCAGCAUGUCUUCUACUUCAGCUGCAGAGAGCUGGCCCAAUGCAAGCAGCUGAGUCUGGCUGGGCUCAUAGCAAAAGACCAGGCUAUGCCUACAGCUCCCAUCAGAAAGAUCCUGUCUCACCCUGAGAAGCUGCUAUUCAUCCUGGAUGGCAUAGAUGAGCCAAUGUGGGUCCUGCAAGAGAUGAAUCCUGAGUUCUGUCUGCACUGGAGCCAGCCACAGCCUCUGCACACACUGCUGGGCAGUUUGCUGGGGAAAUCUGUCCUGCCUGAGGCUUCCUUGCUGCUCACAGCUCGGACCACAGAUCUACAAAAGUUCAUUCCUUCUUUGGGGCAGCCACGUUGGGUGGAAGUCCUGGGUUUCUCUGAAUCUGGAUGGAAGGAAUAUUUCAGAAAAUAUUUUUUAAAGGAAAGAGAAGCAACUGCAGCUUUUAGCUUGGUUGAAUCAAACCCAGUGCUCUCCACACUGUGUGCGGUGCCCUGGGUGUCUUGGCUGGUCUGCACUUGCCUGAAGCAGCAGAUGGAACAAGGAAGAGAUCUCUCACUGACCUCACAGACCACCACAGCACUCUGCCUGAAAUACCUUUCCCAGACUCUUCAAGGUUGUGCCCUAGGAACCCAUCUCAGAAAGCUGUGCUCACUGGCUGCUGAGGGGAUCUGGAGAAGAAGGACCCAGUUCAGAGAUAUAGAUCUUAGGAUCCGAGGAUUACCUGGUGAUGUCAUUGCCACUUUCCUGAAGAGGGGUGUCCUUCAAAAGCAGCCCAACUCUCUGAGUUACAGCUUUGCCCACUUUUGUCUCCAGGAGUUCUUUGCAGCAAUGUCCUACAUCUUGGAGAAUAAUGUGCCAGGACAUGAUUAUAUAGAUAGUUGCAGAAUUGUGGAAAGACUGAAGGACAUCUAUGGAAGAUAUGACCUGUUUGAGGUACCCACUGUGCGCUUUCUAUGUGGUCUUUUGAGUAAACAGGGAAUUAGGGAAAUAGAGAAGAUCUUCACCUGCACAUUGAGUUGGGAGAUAAAGCUGAACCUGAGGUGGCACAUCCUGGAGGAAGCCCUUUGCCAUCAACCAUAUUCUCUGGGUUUACUCCAUUGUCUGUAUGAGAUCCAGGAUAAGGAGGUCCUGACAGAAGUGAUGCACACUUAUCAAGGAGCAGGUGUGAAUGCCCCAAUGGAUAUGAAACACCCAGUGCUCCAGUCCAAUGUGAAGCACCUGGUGGUCCAGACAGACGUGGACCUCAUGGUGGUCACUUUCUGCAUUAAGUUCUGCCGCCAUGUGAAGAGGCUUCAGCUGGAUGGAGGUGAACAGCAGGAACCAACACUGAUGGCCCAUAGGAUGGUUCUGUCCAGGUGGACCCCAAUCACUAAUGCCAGUUGGCAGGUUCUCUUUUCCACUCUUGAGUUCACAGGAAGCCUGGAGGAGCUGGACCUAAGUGGAAACCCACUGAGCUGCUUUGCAGUUCAGAAUCUCUGUAAGACCCUGAGAUGCCCUGGCUGCCAACUAAAGACAUUGUGGCUUGUCAACUGUGGCCUCAUGUCCAGACACUGUGCUGACCUGACCUCGGUGCUCAAAGCCAGCUCCAGCCUGACUGAGCUGGACCUGCAGCUGAAUGACCUGGGUGAUGAUGGUGUGAGGCUGCUGUGUGAGGAGCUCAGGAAUCCUGCCUGCAACCUCAGAAUCCUGCGGUUGGACCAGGCCCCUCUCAGUGACCAGGUGAUGAUGGAGCUCAGGGCCCUGGAGUCAGAGAAUCCACAGCUGCUCAUCUCUAGCACAUGGAAGCCGCCUGUGAUGGUCCCUACUAAGAACCCAGAUGAAGAAGAAGUGGGUGAUAGCCUGACCUCAUUCAAGUAUCAGAGACUACAGUCAGGACACAAGUACAUGAAACCACUGGGGACUAAAGAUGACUUCUGGGGCCCUACAGGGCCUGUGGCUACUGAAGUGAUUGACAGAGAGAAGAACCUGUACCGAGUUCAAUUUCCCAUGCCUGGUUCCUACCACUGUCCCAACAUAGGACUCCACUUUGUGGUGACAAGGGCAGUGACAAUCGAGAUUGGAUUCUGUGCCUGGACCCAAUACCUGGACCAGACUCACUUGCGACACAGGCACAUGGUGGCUGGGCCUCUGUUUGACAUCAAGGCUGAGCAGGGAGCUGUGGCUGCUGUGUACCUCCCUCAUUUUGUGGCUCUCCAAGAGGGUCAGGUGGACAUCUCCUGGCUCCAAGUGGCCCACUUUCAAGAACAUGGGAUGACCCUAGAAACUCCAGCCAGGGUGGAGCAGAACUACACAGUACUGGAAAACCCAAGCUUCUCCCCAAUGGGAGUUCUACUGAGGAUGAUCCCUGCUGUCAGACACCUCAUCCCCAUCACUUCCAUCACAUUGAUCUACUAUCACCUCAAUCUCAAGGAAGUCACCCUUCAUCUGUACCUGAUCCCCAAUGACUGCACCAUUCGGAAGGCCAUUGAUGAUGAAGAAAUGAAAUUCCAAUUUGUGCGAAUAAAUAAGCCACCCCCUCAAGACACGUUUUACAUCGGCUCACGCUACAUCAUUUCUGGUUCUGAGAAACUGGAAAUCAUGCCAAGGGAACUGGUAUUGUGCUACAGGAGCCCCAGGGAAUCCCAGCUCUUCUCUGAGAUCUAUAUUGGCUACAUGGAUUCAAAGAUUAAGCUGCAAAUCCAAGACAAGAAACAUAAGAAUAUCAUAUGGGAAACCUUGCUGAAACCAGGAGACCUCAGACCUGCACAGUUCAUGAUCCCUGCAGCCCACAAAGAUGCUCCAGCCUUGCUACACUUUGUGGACCAGCAUCGAGAGCAGCUGGUGGCCCGAGUGACAUCGGUGGACCCUCUCUUGGACAAGCUUCAUAGUCUGGUGCUGAGUGAAGGGGAGUAUGAGGCGGUGCGGGCUGAAGCCACCAACCAAGACAAGAUGAGGAAGCUCUUCAGCCUCAGCCGGUCCUGGACCAGGUCCUGCAAAGACCAAGUCUACCGAGCUCUGGAGGAGACCCAUCCUCACCUGGUCAUGGACCUCCUUGACAAGUAGCACAGGGUCUCUGUGCGAUCUUGACAUCUGAGGGCUGAGCAUUCUGCUUUGAGUCCUGGGUCUGCCUAGCCUUCUCUUGGCUCUAAGUUUCUCCAUCUAUAAGCCAGUAAACAUCUGCAUUGCCUUUUGGUGGCACUGUUUCCAGGACAUCUUGGGAACCCAGCCUUCCCCAGCCAGAUGUUCAUGUGGGGUGAGCAUCUCAGUAAACUUUUGGUGGAGCCAGCAAAUCUAUUCAUGCCUUGUCCAAACUGCUCUUAUGGCCUGAGUGGCUAACCUCAAGCCCACCUGACCCUCAAUGAUACAUGUAGAACUGGGAAGCAUAGGAAUGGAGACAAUGAGAUGAUACUUUCCCUCGAAAGCCAAUGUCUUAUGAAUAGGAAAGAAAGGGGCUUCCCAAACUUUUUCUACCCUCAACCCCUUUCCCCAAAUAAUGACAUAUAUAUAUAUAUAUAUAUAUAUAUAUAUAUAUGAACAUAAAUCAAACAAUUCUGCUGAAUAUAAAUCAAAAACAACUGUUGUAAUAUAAUUUUACCAUUUGUUAAAGAUGACAGUAACUUUGAAAACUAAUGAGAUGGAUCUUUUU